AGGCGCUGUGAUCCAGUUGAACUCUGCAUCCAGAAACCCCAAGCUUGAAGACAGAGUGGAGACAUUGAUUAACCUGGAAACAGGAACCCCUUUGGAACUUUGCUUUCACCUUAGUAACCUUUUAAAAGUCUCAUCAAGUGGAGUUGAGUUCUUCAUCUCUUUUUGCUUAUUGAGCAGAAGAUGGCUUCAGGGAUUUUCUUUUUCCCAUUAGUUUUGUAUGAACUCUAUAGGAAACAAAGUUCUUAAAGGGCUCGGGAAGAACAAGCAGAGAUUGAAGACCAACAUUCUUGUGUUGCUCCUUUCUGUGUUCCCUCUCUCAUCAAAGAAAAGGAAUUACAACUCAGACUUGCAAAGCUACUGCCCAGCUUUAACUAAGCAUCAGCAGAAAAAAAUCUAAUCAAACCAAUUGCUGACUAGAAGCCCUGAAGUCAAGGUGUGGGAGUGGUGACUUGAGAAAACUGCCUAGAGGGACAGACAAACUUUUUCCUUCCAGCUGCUAAGGGCCCUGGGUUCCUUUUCGGAUUAAAAUAGAAACAGCGGGCAUACCUCUGUUAGGUGUAGGCCACCUUUUGUGGACAUAUGGUAGUUGUGGAGGUGCUCAGUCUCUCAGAAGAAUUCUUCCUUCUCUGAAGUACUCUGCCCUGCCCUCAUUCUCCUCUGCUUUCAUUCUGAAGACUUGUUCUCCACUCAUGAGCUAUCCCUUGAUCUGUUUGACUGCCCAUGUUCUCCAGUUGCUGCUGUUAGCAGGUGUCCUGCCUACUGUUUGUUUCCACUUUCUGAACUGUCCAAGUCCUGUAAUCACUCUGUCUGCCUAGUCCUGGGGAGGUGAUUGUUCAUCAUUUGGAAUCGCCUUUCCCCCUCCCAUGUGCUUUCCUUCAUUUGCAAUCUUUUGACCUUUGGUUUUAUUUGGGAGGGGGAAGGGUAGCAUUACAUUUCUGUUUCUUGGUUUCCUUCUGUACUUUUUUCUCUCCGUUGUUUCUCCCUUAUCCCAUUUUCUUGCCUGUUCCGCCGCUGUGUGGGCCUGGGCUAUGCGGCAGGGCAGAUCUCCCAUCAGAGCUCCAACAUGCCCGCAGAGUCUGGAAAGAAAUUCAAACCCAGCAAGUAUGUUCCGGUCUCAGCAGCUGCCAUCUUCUUAGUAGGCGCCACGACGCUCUUCUUUGCCUUUACCUGUCCAGGACUAAGCCUCAAUGUGUCACCUGCAGUGCCCAUCUACAAUGCGAUUGUUUUUCUCUUUGUGUUGGCCAACUUCAGCAUGGCCACCUUCAUGGACCCAGGGAUUUUCCCUCGAGCUGAGGAGGAUGAAGAUAAGGAAGAUGACUUCCGAGCUCCACUUUACAAAACGGUGGAGAUCAAGGGCAUUCAGGUGCGCAUGAAAUGGUGUGCCACCUGUCGCUUCUACCGCCCUCCUCGGUGUUCCCACUGCAGUGUCUGUGACAAUUGUGUUGAGGAAUUUGAUCAUCACUGCCCUUGGGUGAACAACUGUAUUGGUCGCAGGAAUUACCGUUAUUUUUUCCUCUUCCUCCUUUCCCUGACAGCACAUAUUAUGGGGGUAUUUGGCUUUGGCCUCCUUUAUGUCCUCUACCACAUGGAGGAACUCUCAGGGGUGCGCACAGCUGUCACAAUGGCAGUGAUGUGUGUGGCUGGCUUAUUCUUCAUCCCUGUAGCUGGCCUCACUGGAUUUCAUGUGGUGCUGGUGGCUAGGGGUCGCACAACCAAUGAACAGGUUACGGGUAAAUUCCGGGGCGGUGUGAACCCCUUCACCAAUGGCUGCUGUAACAAUGUCAGUCGUGUACUCUGCAGCUCCCCAGCACCCAGAUAUUUGGGGAGACCAAAGAAAGAGAAGACAAUUGUAAUCAGACCUCCCUUCCUUCGACCGGAAGCGUCAGAUGGGCAGAUAACUGUGAAGAUCAUGGACAAUGGCAUCCAGGGAGAGCUGAGGAGAACCAAGUCUAAGGGAAGCUUGGAGAUAACAGAGAGCCAGUCUGCAGAUGCAGAACCACCACCGCCUCCUAAGCCGGACCUGAGCCGUUAUACGGGGUUGCGAACACACCUUGGCCUGGAGGAUAGCAGCCUCUUGAGCAAGGACAGCCCCCCUACACCUACCAUGUACAAAUACCGGCCAAGCUACAGUAGCAGCAGCACAUCAGCCGCCAUGCCUCAUUCUUCCAGCGCCAAGUUGAGUCGUGGAGACAGCUUGAAGGAGCCGACUUCUAUCGCAGAGAGCAGCCGCCAGCCCAGCUAUCGCUCAGAGCCCAGCUUGGAGCCUGAAAGCUUCCGUUCUCCCACCUUUGGCAAGAGUUUUCACUUCGAUCCUUUAUCCAGUGGCUCACGCUCCUCCAGCCUCAAGUCAGCCCAGGGCACAGGCUUUGAAUUGGGCCAGUUGCAGUCGAUCCGUUCAGAGGGCACAACGUCCACCUCUUACAAGAGCUUGGCCAACCAGACACGCAAUGGAAGUCUUUCUUAUGACAGCCUGCUCACUCCUUCAGACAGCCCUGACUUCGAGUCUGUACAAGCAGGGCCUGAGCCAGACCCGCCUUUAGGCUACACCUCUCCCUUCCUCUCAGCCCGGUUGGCCCAGCAGCGGGAAGCCGAGAGGCACCCUCGUUUGGUGCCAACGGGCCCAGCACACCGAGAGCCCUCACCAGUUCGGUACGACAAUCUGUCGCGCCAUAUUGUGGCCUCCCUCCAGGAACGAGAGAAGCUGCUACGCCAAUCUCCCCCACUCCCGGGCCGGGAGGAAGAACCAGGCUUGGGGGACUCAGGCAUUCAGUCAACACCAGGCUCAGGCCAUGCUCAUCGUACUAGUUCUUCUUCAGAUGAUUCGAAGAGAUCACCUUUGGGCAAGACUCCAUUGGGACGCCCAGCUGCGCCUCGUUAUGGCAAGCCAGAUGGCUUACGGGGCCGGGGACUAGGGUCCCCUGAACCAGGCCCAUCUGUCUCAUACCUGGGUCGAUCUAUGUCUUAUAGCAGCCAAAAAGCCCCACCUGGUGUGUCCGAGAUGGAGGAAGUGGCCUUGCAGCCAUUAUUGACGCCCAAAGAUGAAGUACAGCUCAAGACCGUCUACAGCAAAUCCAAUGGACAGCCCAAGAGUAUAGGCUCAGCCUCUCCUGGUCCAGGCCAGCCCCCGCUCAGUAGCCCCACCAGGGGAGGAGUCAAGAAGGUGUCGGGGGUGGGUGGCACCACCUAUGAGAUUUCGGUGUGAGCCUUCGGCACCUCCCUCCCCCUCACCUCUGCACCUACACCAAAGGGCCCCCGGCGGCCCCCUUUCUUUCCUCAAAGGGGUUCCCCUCCCCUGCACGGACAUUUUGUAAACUACCGAUUCCGAGAGGAUGAGGAGCGUUUUAUAAAAUGCAGUGGGGCUGGGGAGUCAUCGGAGAGUUGGGGCCCUGGAACUGGGGUAGGAACCCCCUUCCACCUUUUAAAGACCUUCCUUCCCAUAUCCCCUGACCAGACUCAGUGGACAUUUGUGCAAUUGCUCGCCCUGGAGGGAACCAGAUCAUUUUUAAACCAGAAAUAAUUUUUUUUAUUAUUGUUACGGAUUCUAUUUUUUUCCUCUUCUGCGUUACCAGGUGUGUGUGUACAUAUAUAUAUAUACAUAUAUAUUAUAAAUAUCAAAGAAAUUAUAUAUCUAUCCUGGGAUGGGAAAACAAGGGAGGGAUGUUCUUAAGGAAGGGAAACUCCUCCUAUUCCUCAGACCAGCAGGAAAAGAGGAAAGACAUCAAAGUCUUUACCCACCAUUCCCUCCUGUCCCAGCCUAUCUACUAAGGAACUAGCACCCCCUUCGUUGGUGCUAAGUGAUAAACCUGGGGAGAGGCAAGUCAUCUUGGUCAGGAGGGAAGGACUUGGAGAGAGGAAUUCGUGUUUUAGGCUCUUUGGCACUUAGUUUCCCCAGAAGAGAAGUCAGAGCCUCAUGACUGGUUGGUGCAGGAAGUCAAGAGCUUGACCUAGCCCACAAUCAUGGGCCAUCAUGCCCCUUAUGAGAGAGGGACUAGGGUGGGCUUCUUCAACUAGCCCCUCUGAGUCGUCCCCCAGCUCACAGUUAUUAAGUCCAAGACCAGGAAUGAAGAGUCCAAAAAGCAAUAUUUUUCAUCACAUGCCAAAAACUGGGGAUAGCAAGAAGGAGUGGCAGGCCUAGGCCCUCCCAUUGUCCCUUGGGGGUUACCCCUCAGCCCACCUCAGUAUGGUGCUGGGUAGAGGGGCUACCUGGGUUCUAACCUCUAAAUAGGGGAGAUCCCAGCCUCUAGACAGAGGCCCUUUUAUUUUUUACUCUGAUUAGCCAUUUUAAACCAGAUGGAAUAAAAAGAAAUCCUGAUCUAACCAGC